CCCCCCCACUCUCCGCCCGAUACCAAACGAACCCAAAAAACCAAAGAAAAGGAAGAAAGAAACCAGUUAUGAUCGCUUAUCUGGACCAGCAGCAGCAGCGCCUCGCCCUUGACGGCGACGGAGAGGCGGAAACCUCCGCCGCGGGAUCCGACGACCACCUGGCCGUCCUCCGCGCUCUGGACCUUCAGGCGGCGGCCGACCCGCCCGCCGUCGCCGCGGCGGCGGAGGACUUCGGCGGGAUCGCCCACGCCCGCCCCGCGGCGAUCAUCCGGCCGGCUACCGCCGACGACGUCGCCGCCGCGAUCCUCCUCGCUGCCCGCUCCUCCCGCCUCACCGUCGCCGCCCGCGGCAACGGCCACUCCGUCAACGGCCAGGCCAUGGCUGACGGCGGCCUCGUUCUCGACAUGCGCUCCCUCGGCCCCCCCCAUGAGCUCGUCCGCGUCUCCACCGCCGCGGGCGGCUGUGCCGCCGUCGACGUGCCCGGCGGGGCGCUGUGGGAGGAGGUGCUCGAGUGGGGAAUCCGGCGACAUGGGAUGGCGCCGGCGUCGUGGACGGACUAUCUGCGGCUCACCGUCGGUGGGACGCUCUCCAACGGCGGGAUCAGCGGCCAGGCUUUCCGGCACGGCCCCCAAAUUGCCAACGUAUUAGAGCUCGAGGUUGUCACCGGCAACGGCGAGCGCGUCGUAUGCUCCGCCGCCGCCCACCCCGACCUCUUCUUCGCGGCCCUCGGCGGCCUCGGCCAGUUCGGCGUCAUCACUCGUGCUCGCAUCCCCCUCCUUCCCGCCCCUCGCAUGGUGAAAUGGAUGAGGGUGGUUUACGACCGGUUCGAGGAAUACUCCGGCGACGCCGAGUGGCUCGUCACCCGGCCCGAGCCGGACGCGUUCGACUACGUGGAGGGCUUCGUGUUCGUCAACAGCGCCGACUCGGUCAACGGGUGGCCCUCGGUCCCUUUCUCCCCCGACUCGCCCUUCGACCCGGCCAUCAUCCCCGCCGGGUCCGGUCCGGUCCUCUACUGCCUGGAGGUCGCCCUGCACUUCAACCAACACGAAUGCGACACGAUAGACCAGCGAGCGUGCGCGAUGAUGCGGCCGCUGCGUUACAUCCGGGGACUGGAGUUCGCGGUGGAAGCGACGUAUGUCGACUUCCUCUCACGUGUGAAGCGGGCGGAGGAUGCGGCACGUGCGAACGGGACCUGGGCGGCGCCCCAUCCCUGGCUGAACCUCCUGAUGGCCUCAUCAGACAUCGUCGAUUUCGAUCGCAACGUCUUCAAGCGAAUCUUGAAGGACGGCAUCGGCGGGCCCAUGCUGGUGUACCCACUUCUCCGGAGCAAGUGGGACCGGCGGACAUCGGUGGCGGUGCCGGAGAGCGAGAUAUUCUACCUGGUGGCGCUGCUGCGAUUCAGCCGGCUGUGUUCGGAGGGCGGGGCGGCGGCGGAGCUGCAGGCGCAGAACCGCGAGAUCGUGGAGUGCUGCCUAUCCAACGGCUACGACUUCAAGCUCUACCUCCCUCACUACCAGUCGGAGGCCGACUGGGCCCGCCACUUUGGCCGCGACUGGCCCCGCUUUGUCGAGCGCAAGGCCCGCUACGACCCCCUCGCCAUCCUCGCCCCGGGCCAGAAGCUCUUCUCCCGCUCUCGCCCGCCGCCUCCACUAGAUUUGUAAAAUAUAAAUUAAAAAAACAAAUAAAUUAUCACAGCCGUUGAUUUUGGAGUGAUUGUUGAUGAUGAUACCGAGGAAGAUGGGGACUCUGGUGCUAAUGGUGGUGGUCCAUAAUUAGGUACUACAGCUUUGGUCUCGUAGUGGUGGGGAAACCAGGAGGUGAUGAUGAUGGUUGGAAAGUUUUGGGUGGGGUAUUGCUGAUGGACAGAUGAUUCUUUCCUUUUCUCUGGCUAUAUAUACUAUUAUAUAUAUUGUAAUUCUUUGCUGGCCCUCCAUUGCCAUCCUUAAUUUAUACUAAAUGAUUCUUUGCCUGCA